AUGGCGAUAUCCAACACAACACCCAUCAGCAUUCGCAAGGCGACGCUCCAUGAUGCCAAAGCAUUAGCCGAAUUAGGCACACACGUCUGGACCCAAACAUUUGGCCACACCGUCUCACCAGCCGAUCUCCAAAAAUACCUCAACGCGUCCUACUCAACCUCAGCUAUGGAAGCUGAUAUCACAAAUCCUCUCAAAGAACUCAUAGUCGCCACUUCUACCACGAACGAUAUCAUUGGCUUUACCUUGAUGACGAAGGGAAGCACCGAGCCCUGUUUGGCUUCAUAUUCCAAUCAUGUGGAGUUGCAGAGAAUCUAUGUACAUCCGGAUUAUCAUGGUACUGGUGUUGGUAAGCUUCUAGCAGUCGAGCUAGAGGCGUUGGCAAGGAAGGAAGGGUUUGAGCAUAUGUGGUUGGGUGUGUGGGAAGAGAACGCGAGGGCACUGGGCCUGUAUGGGAAGCUUGGGUUCAAGGAAGUCGGCAAGAAGAAGUUUUUGGUAGGAGACCAGGUUGAUACUGAUUUGGUCAUGGUCAAGGCGGUACAGUGA